AUGUCUGCUCCACAAGGUAACACUAAUGCUGGCAACCAGUUUUCAACAAAUCGUGAUGCUGUUCCAAAUCGACGCAUAUCAGACAAUUUUUCUUCAUCUCGAUCUUACGCACCUGACUAUCAUUCACAAAAUGCACUUGCUGCUCAACGACGUCUAUGUGAACAAUUACGUGAAGAAGCCAGACGUGAACGUACAAAAGUAUCAAUUGUUUGUAAAGAUCUUGUUCGUUAUAUUACUGAUCAUCAAUCAAGUGAUGCACUUGUUACGGGUUUUCAAUCACCUAAAGAUAAUCCAUUUCGUGAUAAACAACAAUGUUCAUUACUUUAA